AUGGGGGCCACAAAUACUAAGAAGGCUGGGCUGACUUCCUACCAGCUCAAGGAUGUUGCACAUUUCUGGUACAAGAUGUGGCAGGAUAGCCGAGCUUUAGGCGGAGGUCCGAUCACAUGGAAGCUGUUUAAGACAGCUUUUCUAGAAAUUUUCUUCCCUAGAGAAAUGAGAGAGGCUAAGGUUGAUGAUUUCAUCAACCUUAAGCAGGGCUUGAUGAAUGUCAGCGAGUAUUCCCUGAAAUUCGUUAAAUUGUCCAGAAAUUACAUUUCUCUUGUGUCUAACUACAGGGAUGAGAUGAGCAGGUUCCUUACAGGGAUGUCAGAGGAAUUGGAGGAGGAUUGUCGCGCUACAAUGCUCCAGGAUAGCAUAAACUUGUCCAGGCUUAUGGCACAUGUCCAGCAGGUUGAGGGAAGUCGGAAAAAGAGGAAAGUUCGUGAGGGGCAUCAGAGUUUGGGGAACUCUAACUCUCAGAGGAGUGCAACACCUAGAGGAGACAAACUAGAGCUAAAGAAGGGCAAUGGAGGUGAUGUGCAACGUCCCAGAAAGGAAUGUGGCAAGUGUGACCUUAUUCACAGUGGAGAGUGCAGACUAGGCACAAAUGCCUGCUUUGGUUGCGGAAAGAGCGAACAUGGUCAGGGACUGCCCCAAGAAUAG